GCUGGCUGCGGGCGGGGGCGGUCACAUGUCUCGCAUGUGUUCCUCCAACGACUCCGCCCCUCCCCGCGUGCGCUGCUUACUAAAGCGGGGGCAGUGGGUGUGACACAUCGAGGACACCUCCAGCUGCAGCUCCUCUCUCUGAUCCGCUUCGACGAUGCUCCGUGUCACCACUGCGUCCCUGUGCACCUCCUGUCAGAGGAUGAGGCUGCUCCUCCCUCCCUCCGCCUUCAGCUCCACGGCGUCUCCUCCCAAUAGAAGAGUGGAGAACCAGCAAACCGUGGCCUCCCUCUACGAGCUGUCAGUGGACAUCCGGAAGGUGCGCAAGUUCAAGGGCUGGGUCCUGUCCGAGGGCUCCGCGUACGUGUCUGAAACGGCCGACCUGUUGAGGGACAUGGGGGCAGAUCCACCAGCGGUCGCCCGGAUCCUGGAAACUCACCCCGAGGCCGUCCUGUGUCGACCAGAGGAUGUGGCCGCCCAGAGAGACCUCUGGGUGUCCGUGUGCCCCAACAGGCGUGAGCUGAUGAGCAUCAUCGAGAAGUUCCCAGCAUCCUUCUUCACGCUAACUAACCACAGCAACCAGAGGGCCAACAUCCUCUACCUCCAGAGCCUUCGCCUCAGCAAUCGGAUCAUCGGCAAGCUGAUGGCGAGCGCCCCGCACACCUUCAGUCGACCGGUGGAGCGCAACAAGGAGGUCAUCCACACGCUGAGGGAGACCUACCUGGACUUGGGCGGUGAUGAGGACAACGUGCGGGUUUGGCUGCAGAAGCUCCUGAGCCAGAACCCGAGCAUCCUGCUGCGGCCCGCUGAGGGGUGGAGGGACAGUCUGGGCUUCCUCCGGGAGCAGGGCUUCACCACGGAGGAGCUGCUCUGCCUGGUCUCCAGCCUCAGGGCCUCCAUCGCCGAGCUGCAGCCCGAAGCCAUGCGGCACGCGCUGGCCUACAUCGAGGAGGUUCUCGCCUGCUCCGAGGACGAACUCAAGGAGACAGUGAUCCGCUGCCCGGCCAUUCUGCACUUCACCCUGCCCACUCUGGUGGGGCGGUUCCAGGGGUUGAUGGACGUCGGAGUGAGCAUGGAGCAGGUGAAGGAAACGCCCAACGUCCUGGAGCUCACCACGCAAAUCGUGCUUUACCGUAUCCAGAAGUUGGCGUCCUACGGGUACGACGUGUGCUCCGGCAGUUUGGAUGUUAUUAUCGGAACCAAGAAGGACUUUGAGAUGAGUUACGUGAAACUGCACCUCAGACAGCAGAGGCCGCUCUUUAACCCUGUGGCUCCGCUCAGGUCUGCUGAGGACUGAGUGUCUGCAUGUGACUCUGCACCGGGCUGUGAAUGAUGGGAAAUGGGAAUGUUAUUUACUCCUGAUUGUAAAAAGAGACGCACAGAUUUAUCUUCUUCCUCCGGCAAUACAAACAUGUUUAGGCCGUAAUCAUGUUGGUUUGAUUUUAUGCUGAAGGCUCCAUGAUUGUUUUAUAAUCUUUUUAAGAUGUAGUAGAGAAAUAUAAAAGUACUGUAUGAAAACAAGUGCCACAAACUGUCUAUUAAAAGUAAGAUAAAGGUGUAUUGAUGAUUGUGACACCUGAACUCAACAGAUGAGCAAUAAAUGUCAACAUCUGUUA